ACGGCUGGUUGCGGGGCUGGUUCUCGGCCGGCCUGGGUUCCGGUGUGACGAAUCUGGGAAGGCCGGGUGCGGGGAGCGAGGGAGCCAACGUGGGCGUCCUCACAGCCUCUCGGCGGAGCCCACAAAGCCUUUGGCCCUCGGUAGCGUCGGCGGAGCUGGCCUCCGCUUUGCUCGCUUUGCGUGGACCGGGCGUCGCAGCGCCUUCCCCAGCCUGUUGGUGGGAGAGGGGUUCUCCGUCCCACUCCAGCCAGAGUGAGAGUGGGUGAGGAGGCUUUCCAUCCGGGAUACAGGCUCUUGUUGACAAUUGCUGUACCCGGAAAAGGGCUGCAGUUAAUGCGAGUGUCAGCAACCUAAACAUCCUACAUCGGAAUCUGCGGCGCUGAGUUCUGUGCCAGGAGGGGAUUCUUCCCGUUUGGGGAUCGGAGUGUGGCCCUGCUGCCGGAGAGUCUGCAGAGUUCCGGGUUGUGCAGCCAAGCAGGAGAAGGUGUACCUUUUUAGAGCCACCCUAAGUUGCAGUCCUGAACCCUAAAAGAUGUGGAGUGGGCUGUUACCUCCUGGCCUAAAUGAAAGUGAUGUUGAGUUGAAUUCUGAUGAUGAAGCCACAGUAGAGAGGUCUGAACUUAACUUACAGGAAGAUAAAGAAGAUGGGACCAUUACAAAAACAGACAUCUCAGAUAUCCUUACAGAUGGACCAAAAACUGAAGCAGAGGCAAAUGUAAAUGCGUAUGAAGAGUGUCCCUCUGGAGUUCCCUUAAAUAUGUGGAACAAAUUUCAAGAACUGCAUAAAAAACAUUCUGAACAGAAAACCUCAACUUCAAAAUCCAGAAAGAAAAAAAGAAAACGCUCCAGAAAAGGUAAAUUGAAGAAUGAAGAAGAAUCUCGUAGUGAACAGUCCUCAAGUGAAACCCGGUUAAAGGAGCUUAGUCAGUAUUUUGGAGUCAAUGAUAGGUUUGACCCCCCUGUUAAAAGGAAAAAAAUUGAAAAGUCAGGUCUUGAGAAGAGCAUAGACCAGGCUGUGGAAGAGUGGAACAUUGAGAAGGCGGAGGAACUCAGCAACCAGCUAGCUACUCGAGAGCUUGGUGUAAAAAUUGCCAAAGCGAUUGCCUGCCACAACUUUGUAAAAGCCAAAAAGGAUGCUGAAAAUUCACAGGUUGCUCGAAAAAAGAAGAAGCUUGCCUGGGGGUUUGAAGCAAAGAAGAGGUGGGAAACCAAAAGCAACAUGGGGUAUAUGUGACUUGCCAGAGUUCUUCAAGACCUUUGAGACUUCACUUGCAUCUUCAGUUGCUCAAUUUACUGAAAAGAUUUUCCUGCUUAUGUUAACUAUGUUGGGAAAUUGAUGGAAAUAGAAAAAAUAAGCAUAAAAUUUGGGAGUUGAUUA